AUGUCAUCACCACAUGCAUCUGCUCCCUCAGGAGAUCCGUCCAACCCUCCUCCUCCUCCCCCUCGACCUACCUCUCCUCGAUCACCUCGUCCUACCACCACCACAACCGGCACAGCACCUCUUCAGAUACCCAAUCUCCCUCCAGAGCUACUCCAGCCCCAACCUCCUCCCCGACCCAACAUAACAUCUAUGUUGUUCCUCACCGCCUUCUUCUUCUUCAUGAGUGGGAACAAUCAUCCGAUCGGUUCGGGGAUAGAGAUUGGACCGGAUGGUGAGCUGAGGACGAGGAUGAGCGAGCUGGAGUAUGCAAAGAUCAUUAGGGAUGAGUGGGUGGGAGUGAUCAACGGUAAUGAGACGAUGAAGGGGAAUUAUACAGAGCCAUCUAUGCCAUCUCUUCUCCCUUCAUCUCUGAUAUCGCCUGAAUACACCUACAACCCCUCACACCACCAAUUCUUCUCCAACAUCACUGGUUUCUUCCGUUCAUCCACUCUUCAUCCGAUUUCAUUCGAUCCUCAAUCGCAUACAUCGGCAAGUAAAUCAACUGAUUCAUACUGGAGACACCUAUCCUCAGCUCCAGACUUGAACUCGACAGGACUUUGGAACUUGACCUUGUCAGAAGAACUACGAGGGGAAUGGGAAUGGAACAGAACGGUGAAAUGGGAGAUGAACUUGAAAGAACGUAAUAUAUCAUCUGUAUCACCUGAAAUUGAGGUUGAGUAUAAGAUGAAUGGAACGAAUUGGGAGAAGUACGAAGAUUGGACUUGGAUAAAAGGUUCUUUAACAUUGUCGACGUCAAGCAAAUCACCUUCACCAAACAACGGGGAGCAUCAGAAUGAUGUGCAAAUGGGUUCUUCCGAUAGAUCGAUAAGUUACGAUUUCUUCGGAUUACAUUACUUGCCUAAUGGGACGUACAACUUGUACGGUCUACCGGAAGGUAUGAGGAUAGACAUUAGGAAGUUACCUUAUCUAUGGAAUGUACAACACCAGACAGUGACCAAGGAAAUCAUAUUGAGAGAGCUGGAAAAGGAGGUCAGGAAUUUGGAUGGGAAUUUGAUGAUUGGUGACCUCAGAGAUGAUGACAUAUCAGACCAAACCACCUGCCCACUCCUGCUUCACCUUACACUCCCGCCGCUCCCCCAUGGAGUCACGAAAGAAGAGAUUGACUUUUACAGACGUGAAGUGCAGAACCCAACUGGAAUCAAGUCGUCUAUACCUCGACCACCAUCAUAUUGGGAGGUCGGACAUGGGUUGGGAGGUGUGAUAGUUGCUGAUCAGUGUGGUUGGGCGAUGGGUAUAACAGACGGUCAUGGGAUUGAUAUAGAUUCGUUCUGGGAGAGGAGUAUCAAUUAUGCUGCCUACGCCACAGUCUCUCAGCUUGUCGUCCUUCUUCUCCUUGUCCGCCAAAUGGAACGAACCCGUACACCCUCAUCGCUAUCGAAAGUAUCAGUGUAUACCAUCGUGAUCAUGUCCAUAACCGACUCUUGGGUUUUCUCAGCACACGUAGUGGUCGGUAUAAUGAGUGACAACAAAGCUAGUCUACCUAUGCUGGUCCCCGGCUUCUUGUGUCUUUGCACAGCGGUGGUGUUCGGGCCUAGAUACGCCGUACUGCUACACCGAAUCCAAGCGCCUGAGAGAGGUUCAACCACACCAGUAACGACUACUAUCACGAACCGGCCUACAGCCGCUAAUGCAGCUGGAGACGGAGACUCAUUAGCAGGAGUGGUUGUUGAUGAAAAUGGUACUGCUCGAAGGAUCUCCUUCAUUGCCAGUAUCAAGGCAUUCUUCAGCGAACAUCCGCUGAUGAGAUGGCUCGCGAUCCUGGGUUUCUUGUUCUGUUUUCUCCAAUUCGCAUUCCUACCUUCGGUUAUACCGUUCUUCCUAUUUGGGCUUUAUUCAUUUUGGCUCCCUCAAAUCUGGAGAAAUGCAAGAAGGGGCUCAACGCGAGCUUUAGAUGCGUGGUUCAUUCUUGGUACUACAGCUGGCAGACUGGCUUUGCCCUUAUACACUUUUGCCUACGCCGAUAACGUGUUCUUCAUCGAGAAGAUCAACUGGAUCUGGGGUAUCGUAUGGUGGCAACUGGCUCAGGUCACAAUGCUAUUCGCUCAAGAGAGAUUUGGUCCUUCUUUCUUCCUUCCAAAAUCCCUCGCACCACCCGAAUCAUACAAUUAUCAUCCCCUUAUUCCUUCUCCAUCCGCAGAUCCGGAAGCAGCAGCUGCCUUCCAUCCGUUGCUGUCAAGCGAAAAGACAUGUUCAAUCUGUAUGGAAGAGGUUGAUCUCUCACAAAACCAUGCGUCUGCGCAUGCAGGACCGGGUGGAGCUGCCCUGGGCAAUAAGAGGAAGAAUUACGCUUUGGCUCCUUGUGGGCAUUUGUUCCACACGGAUUGUCUGAGUCAGUGGAUGGCCGUGAAGACCAUCUGCCCACUGUGUAAGAGAAGUUUACCUCCUCUGUAA